UGCAUUUUGGCGAAUGAAUGAAAAUUUCAAAUUUUAGUUUAUGCUUAGGAAUUUUGUUAAGAAAUUAUCAAUUAAACACAUGAGUAACACAAAUAAAUUAAUUAAUCAAAAAUCACCUUAUUUAUUACAACAUGCAACUAAUCCAGUUCUUUGGCAUGCAUGGGAUAGGGAGGCACUUCAAGAAGCAAAAUCUAAAGAGAAAAUUAUAUUCUUGUCAAUUGGUUAUUCUACCUGCCAUUGGUGUCAUGUUAUGGAAAGAGAAUCAUUUGAAAAUCCUGAAAUAGCAAAAAUAAUGAACACUCAUUUUAUCAAUAUCAAGGUGGAUAGAGAAGAAAGACCAGACAUUGAUAAAACUUAUAUGACAUUUGUUCAGACUAUGACAGGACAUGGUGGCUGGCCUUUAAGCGUUUGGCUAACACCUACCUUGAAACCGAUAUAUGGUGGCACCUAUUUUCCACCCUUUACCGAUGGGCGAUAUAUUGGGUUUAAAGAUAUAAUGAUUAAUAUUGCAAAACAAUGGAACGAAGAUAAAAUUUCUAUACUGAACAAAUCAUCGAAGUUGUUUGAAAUAAUCGAAAAUAAAGACGCACCGAACGAAGAAUCUAAAAUGGACGAAUUUUUGUUGGCAUCCAAUCAAAUCAUCAAUGAUUGUUACAAAUAUUUUGAAAAUAAAUUUGAUAAUAAUCAUGGCGGGUUUUCUUACGCACCGAAAUUUCCUCAACCAGUUGUUUUAGAUUUCCUAUUUUACUACUUGAAAUUUCAAAAAAAGGAAAAUUCGGCACUUAAAAUGAUAACCAAAACGCUUGAUUGCAUAUCGCUGGGUGGGAUCUAUGAUCAUUUAGGAAAUGGAUUUCAUCGGUAUUCAGUUGAUAACAAAUGGAAAUUACCACACUUCGAGAAAAUGUUGUACGAUCAAGCUCAACUAAUAUCAGCUUACAGUAAAUGCUACGCAUCUACUGGCGACAUAUAUUAUAAAAACAUAGCAGAAAAUGGUAUUUCUUAUAUCGUAGAGCAAAUGACUUAUACUCAUGACCCUGAAAACAUAGCAUUUUUUAGUGCGGAAGACGCCGAUUCAUUAUCCAGCGAGGGUUCAACCCACAAAAACGAAGGAACAUUUUAUGUAUGGGGUAAAGAUGAAAUUGACGAUGUUUUGAGCCCUAUUCAUUACGAAAAGGAAGGCGUUAAAUUUAAGAAUUAUGCGGAGAUAUUUAAUUAUUGCUACGGUGUCAAACAAAACGGGAAUAUACAGCCUCAAUACGAUAUUCAUGGGGAAUUCAAAAAUAAAAAUGUUCUAGCUUUGGAUAAUAAAAUUGAAAUAUUGUCCCAAAGACUCAAUAUCGAAUUUGAUGUUCUGUCAAAAAUUUUAAAAGAAUGUCAAGGAAAAUUGUUAGAAAAAAGGAAUGAAAGACCACGCCCUUUUAAGGAUACCAAAAUUAUCACAUCCUGGAAUGGCUUAAUGGUGUCAGCUCUGUGCACAGCUGGGAUUUUACUCGACAAUGCUGAAUAUAUAGGUAUGGCUAAAAAGUGUGCGCUUUUUAUUCAAAAGAACAUGAUGGUCCAAAACGGUCAAUUAAUAAGAAGCAUAUAUUACGAUUCUACUUUAAAGACAAUGCAACAAUUGGAUCAACCCAUACAAGGGUUUUUAGACGAUUACGCUUUCUACAUAUACGGUUUACUAGACCUUUACGAGGCCACAUUUGAUGAAACAUAUUUAAAAUUAGCUCGGAAUCUUCAGAACAUUCAAAACACAUUAUUUUGGGAUGAUGAAAAUGGUGGGUAUUUUAUUAAUUCGAACAAUGAUCACCAGCUGUUACGUGUUAAAGAAGAACAAGACGGUGCUGAACCUAGUGGAAAUUCGAUUUCAGCUAACAAUCUCAUUAAGUUAUCUUAUUUAUACAACGAACAAAGUUUUAAAAGUAAAAGUGCGAGUUUAUUCAAGGCAUUUUCUCAGCAAAUUGAAAAACUUUCUUAUUCCUUGCCGAAAUUAACCAUCGCUUACCAUGUGUAUGCUAAUGAUCCUUCUACAUCUACCAUAAUCGGAGAUAACAGUGAUAAAAACACGCGCGCACUUCUUAAAUACGCAAUAAUGAAUUCAGAUGUAACUAUUGUAUUGAAGCCGAAUUAUGAUGGAACAUUGAAAGAUAAAGAACAUGUUAGAAAUAUAACUGAAAAAAAUAAAAAACCAACUUUGUAUUUGUGCCAUGAUCACGUGUGUUUAGAACCUGUCAAUUAUUUAAAUGAAUUAAAAAAAUGAAUAUUUUUGCCGUUGAUUUACUUUUUAGAAAUUUAUAGUAGAGGAGGUAAAAUUCGUGACUUUUACUAGAUUCUUUACAAUAUUUAAAUCAAGUUUUAUAAUCUAAUAAAUCGUUGAGUAUUAUGUGUUAUAUAUCCACUUUUUUUUUGAUAAAUGAAUUCUUCAGUAUUGUAUUCUUAUAUAUCCACAAAAAAAAUGUUAAAAUAUAAUUAAGAAUAAUUAUUUAUGCAAUAUUCAAUUGUGUUUUCCUAUUUAAAAUACACGAAAUCCUUUUUUUUUGAAAUCUCUCCUCCUGAAUAAUUUUAUAAAAAUCGAUAUAGAAUUGCCCUAUGAAAAAUUAACCCGAUAAAAAGUUGUAAAAUUGAACACACAUUUAUUUUUUACAUUAAACAUCUGUUUUCUUUUAAAUUUACUAAAUAAAAUAUUAUAAAAGCUUUUAUAUCAAAUAAAUUUAACAAUUUUAUCAAAUUUAAAAAGAUAUUUUUAUUAUAUAUAAUUUUAGGCAAUACAUGAUAUACUAUUAUUUGUGAACCCAAUUUAUUCUAAUUUAAAAUAUAAUUUUAUAAAAAAAUUGAUUUUUUUAAUAGUAUUAUCAAAUUAGAGGUAAAUUUUUAUAUCAAUAUCAACUAUAUUUUUUUUAAUAUUAUGAUAUUUAUUUAAAUAAAUAAGAUUCUUUCUUAAUUUAAUCCAUAGCAAUUAAAAUGAUAUCUUAUCAGAGUUUAUUAUAUUUAAAAAAAAUUAUUUCAGGACUAAUUCAAU